AUGAAAGGAACAACAUGCUCUUUACCAAGAACAACUUGUAUUUCACUACCAGACAGCUGCAUAAAAUAUAUAUUUGAAUAUUCAGAAGAUGAUAUGAACUCAUCACAUUUAUGUUUAUUGGUGAAUCGAGUAUGGUGCACAUGGGCAGUUGGAAUCUUAUGGAGAGACACUGAAAGAUAUCUUGAUCCACUGACUGAUUCAAAACGUGUGCUUUCAGCUUUUCAUCUGGAUUGGGUAUUUGAGACUAAAGAAAAAUGA